AUGGAGGAGCACAGCACUCCCAGCGAGGUGCCGGCAGCCCUGAAGCGCCUGGCCAAGUGCACAGUGCGGGGUUUCUAUGGUGUGGAGUGCUCCCUGGCCCUGGACGUGCUGAUCCGCUACCCCUGUGUGAAGGAGGAGGACCUGUUACAGCUGCUCAAGUACGAGCGCAAGCAGCUGCGCACGGCCCUCAACGCGCUCAGGGCGGACAAGCUGGUGAAGCUGUGGGUGCGAGCUGAAACGGGGCCCAACGGCAAGAGCACCAGGCACAACUACUACUACAUCAACUACAAGGUGCUGGUGGAUGUGGUAAAAUACAAACUGGAUCAUGUACGCCGCAAAAUAGAAGCAGAAGAGCGGGAUUCAACGACCAGAUCCUCUUUUAAAUGUCCAUCUUGCUCUAGCACGUACACAGACCUUGAAGUCAAUCAGCUCUUUGAUGCAUUUACAGAGACUUUUCGGUGCACUUACUGCAACACCGAGGUAGAGGAAGAUGGCUCGGCGUUUCCGAAGCAUGACGCUCGAGCGCUGCUGGCCAAGUUCAACGAGCAGAUCGAGCCUCUCUUUGUGCUGCUGCGUGAGACCGAAGAGAUUGUGCUGCCCUAUGACUUGCUGGAGCCUCAGCCAACAGAAAUACCAGAAUUAUCAGAAAGCUUUGAUCCAAAGCUGGGCUCAAGUGUGCUGGAAUCCUGCAGCCGCCCUGAAAAAUGGGCACACAGAAGUUCUGCUUUUGGCCUUGCAUACACCCAAAAUCUAACUAUUGAUGUCCAAGACUCAAAGCAAGAGAAGAAAAGAAGAGAAAAAGCAACUCAAAAGCAACCUAUCUGGUUGUCACAGAGCACUGUGGAAGGAGCAGCAACAGGCACCAUCAAUAGUGUUGGAGUAAAUGCUUCUGAAGAAACUGAAGAAAAUGUUAAAGAAACUGUCCCUGAUAAUGAAAUCAUCAAGACUCUUCUGAUCCAUGAAUCCAAGUCAUCAUCUAGCACAGAUCAGCCUCCUAUUGUCAAAAGCAAACUACAUGGAUCACACAGUGAUAGCAGUGAGUUUGAAGAGGAUGCCAAGCACUCAAGAGGAGCAGGAAUGAAAGUAGCAGGCAGCAACUUUGAACAAGAGGAGGAACAGGAAACUCUGGAUCCUAUUUUAAUGGUAGCUGGCCAGCCCUACUCAUAUGGCCAAGUUAGUGAAAACCCAGAGCUUGUGUCUCUCAUGACAAAUGAAGAGAGAGACACUUACAUAAAAAUAGGACAGGAAAUGUUCCAGUCUGUCUUUGAGUAA